CACAUAUCGAGCUUAGUUAGCCCUGCUGGAGAAAUCGAAAGAACAAGGUGGAGAAUGAGGGACAAUUAGUAGUUGUUUCCUCCUAAAUAUUUGGCAGAAAAUAUUCGGCCUGAUAGAAAGAGGUUAGCCUUCGAGCUACCAGAAGCUAACCCUCUGUGGAAAAUCAGCAACGAGUUUCCAUCUAUGAAAAAAACAUCAAGUGAGAUGGGAACCGGAGCACAGAAAGGUCUUCAGCAGCACCAUGCCUGUUAACAUUGGGAGGUUCUUGCCAAUCAGCUUCUGAUCCCUGAACAAAGGCACUAAUUUCGGGCACAGAGGACAUUAAACAUGAAGGAAGUAAAGGAGAAGCAGGAACCAGAACAUCAGCCAGAUUCUCAAACCACAGUGGAACCAGAACUCCGCGGAGUUAAAGAAGAACAAGUUGAACUGCAGAUAUUUGGAACUGAAGGCCAGCUUUCUGUGAAGCAAGAGAAAAGCAUAUUUGUGGAUGUCAAGAUAUCCCACAAUAAACCAGAGAUAAAGGAGGAACCAGAACCCCGACUGAUAGAAGAUGAGGAACCAGAAAUUGAACAGUUGCAAGAGGAAGAAGAGGAACUGGAACCUGGACAGUUUAAAGAAGAAGAGGAGGAACUAGAACCUGGGCAGAUUAAAGAGGAGGAUCUCUACAGUUAUGCAGAAAAGCAGGAGACUGAAAGCUUCUUAAUAACUCCAACUCUUGAGCAAAAAGACAACAGUGAAGCAGAACCACACGGAGACCAUCUCCUCUCUGCCAGAUACCAUCAGAAUCAACCUCAACAAGGAAGCAACCAGAACCAUUCUGGGUCAAGCAGAGUCAAAGAUCUGAACGACUCUGUAAAGGAAAAACACUCAUCCUGUAAAGUUUGUGGUAAAAGUUUCACUCAGCAACGGUACCUGGCAGUUCAUAGCAGAAUUCACAGUGAUGAGAAGCCAUAUUCUUGUGACACCUGUGGCAAAUCUUUCAGGUAUACCCACAAUUUGACCUGUCACAUCAGAACUCACACAGGGGAGAAGCUGUUUUCGUGUAAGAUCUGUGGAAAAUCUUUCAGGCAUAGCUCUAAUUUGACCCGUCACAUCAGAACUCACACAGGGGAGAAGAAGUUUUCUUGUAAGCUCUGUGGAAUUUCUUUCUAUUUCAGUGAUCAAUUAACUACUCACAUGAGGAUUCACACAGGGGAGAGACCGUAUACCUGCAAUGUCUGUAGUAAAUGUUUCAGUAAGAACUGGCAGUUGAUUGAUCACAUGAGAUCCCACAGCGAUGAGAAGCCGUAUUCAUGUGACACGUGUGGUAGAUCCUUUAGGUACAGAGGUGAUUUGACUCGUCACAUUAGAACUCACACAGGGGAGAAGCCGUUUUCUUGUAAACGCUGUGGAAAGUCUUUCACUGACAACAGUCAACUAACUGUUCACAAGAGGACUCACAUGGCCGAGAAGCCAUUCCGUUGUUUCAUUUGUGGUAAAAGUUUCAUACAGAAAGCUAACCUGCUUUAUCAUAUUGGAAAUCACACGGGGGAGAGACCAUUCCAGUGUGAACGCUGUGAUAAAUCCUUCAAACGAAGCACUGAUCUGGCCUGUCACUUGAGAACCCACACCGGUGAGAGACCAUACUCCUGUGAGCUCUGUGGUAGAUCUUUCAUAUAUAGCAGUGAUCUGACUCGUCACAUUCGCUCUCACAAGGGGGAGAAGUCAUUCCAGUGUGAACACUGUGAUAAAUCCUUCAUUCACAGUAGUGAUCUGACACGUCACGUUAGGAUUCACAGUGAUGAAAGGCCAUAUUCUUGUGAACUAUGUGAUAAAUCUUUUAAGCAGAAGGGGGACCUGACUACUCACGUAAAAAUUCACACUGGCCAGAAGCCCUUCUCAUGUGAUACAUGUGGACGAAGUUUUAACAGACACUACAACCUGAUUUCGCAUAAAAGGACCCACACAGGGGAGAAGCCGUUCCUUUGUGGGGUUUGUGGUAAAGGUUUUGUAAAGAAUAAAUCCCUGGAAUAUCACAUGAAAACACACGGGAGAGAAGUGUUUCAGUGUGAACUGUGCGAAAGAUCUUUCAUCCAAAGCAGUGAUCUGGCUCGUCACCUAAAAACUCACACACCUGAGAAGUUGGAUCCUUGAGUUUAACAGGAUAUGUUGGUCGGGAGUAGUGAUUUGGAGGUAGUGUGGCAGCAGAUUAAAGCUGCUGUUUAAAUUGAAGUGGUUCCCUCUGAGAAUUUUGACUGUAUCCAAAUCUCCUACAGGUUAUGAACUUUAGCUUUUAUGUGUUUGCUGCCACUCUAGGAGUUUGUAAAACCUAAAAAGUGAAGAACCUCUCCUGGAUGAGAGGCGACACUUCUUCUAAAAAGCUUCACGUCCAGUUGGCUAAAUUAAACCUGACUAGCAAAACCAAUGUGGUUUAAAAUUUUUCAUUAUUUUUGCCUCUGUGGCUUAAAACCUCAUCUGUCCUUCACAACCUUAGUGUUCACCCCAAAUCUCUGACCGAUGACAGCAAGCACACAGAACCCUCCUUUUACAU